GGGGUUGUGGUCUUCCAAUGUUGGUCGAAUGUCGUUCCAGUGAGGAUCGUCAAGCUAGUCCGGUUUCUGACUCGCGUGGUUUACUCUAACGCUGGCCCUAUUCGUCAACUUGUCCGAUCCUACCCCGCUCACUAUACAUAGUGGUCCCCCACAUGUCAAUGACUUCCCAAGGCCAAACCCCGUACUUUAGCACGUAUCUUGAUUCUUUAGACGACAAAGGCGCAGAAGCAGCAAGCUUUGCCUUUUAGUGGCCAUUGGAUUGGAAACCACCAAGCCUUCCUUCCCCCUUUCAGCUGCUGGCCGAAUAUUUCGCGCAAAAGGAACCCCGUUUUGCUGUAUCACCAUCAACCUUUCUCUCCUGUUUCCUACUUAUUACUCUCCGUUCCUUUCUUUUCCUUUCCUAUCAUUCUUCUAGCUGAUGGCAACCGAGACGCUAACCGAAUCUCCUCGUUCGCAAAGAUUCGAGUCCCAUGUAGCCUUCGAUAACAUCCCCCUCGGUGAAUCAACCGAGUAUAAUCCCAUAUCUUUCACCCUUAAUUAUCGUCAUGCGGGCUUUCAAUUCCGACGCCGGCAUCGCACCUUUAUGGUUGGUGUGGACGACAACUCGUAUUCCGAUCAUGCUUUACAAUGGCUACUAGAUGAGCUCGUAGAUGAUGGGGACGAGAUUGUGUGUGUCCGCGUUAUCGAGACUCAGGUCCGCCUUACGGACAAGGCUUACCAGGAAGAUGCCAAAGCUCUGAUGGAAUCAAUCCAGGCGAAGAACACCCAAAACAAGGCGAUUGGCCUGAUUCUAGAAUACGCUGUUGGAAAGCUACAUAACACGUUCCAGCAUCUUAUUAAGAUGUACCAGCCGUCCAUGUUAAUCGUUGGCACGAAGGGUAGGAGUCUUGAUGGAGUUCAGGGGUUCCUCGUAAAUCGUAGUUCAUUUUCGAAGUACUGCUUGCAAUACUCGCCAGUGCCUGUCGUUGUGGUACGUCCGAAUGAGAAGCGCGUGAAGAAAAAGGCGAAGCGAGCGCAUGACCCAUCCAGGCAAAGCUACGCACAGAUGCUGCUAGGGCAACCCCACGAAGCAGACAGUGAGAAUAGCAGCGUAUACGAGUUAGAGCCCAACCUCACGGCGGACGAAGAAGCGCAUCAUGUAGCAGUAGCUGUUGGGCUACCAGCAGCAUAUGAUCCGACUAUCAAGCCCAUCGAUCCCACUAGCUUGCUAAAGAAUUUUGGUCGCCGACCUGCACCGGAGGUAUCGAAGGAAGCCCUUGCAAUAGUCAACAAGGGUGGCCUACCUGCUGAGAAGAAGUCGCCUGACCAAGAAGAGUCCGAGUUGGAUUCUGAAGGAGAGUUCGAGGUCACGCCGGGCGAGGAGUUCCUCAGAGAGAAACUUCACAAAAUGGAGCUAAAUGAGGGAGCCGCGCUCAGAGCUGAAGCUAGAAAGCUGAGUUCCGGUUCUGCGGAUAGCGACGAAGAUCCGCCGGGUGGAGGGGGUGCCAAGACGUGACGCGACCGUCGCACAUGAGGAACCAAUAUGAGGGACUUGCAUACGGACUUUCUGGCCUUUUCUUUAUUGGAACAAGGCAAGGAAAUCCAUUGAUUAUUAAAAGCGCGGGGACGGUUGGACAGGUGGUAUAUCGAAUUUUUGUCACAUCAUCGUCAUGAUUAUUAUUAUACUGGGCGAGGCACUUGC